UUUUGAACUGUAACUGUUUUCAACAUUUCUCUGUCAAGAUGAUGUCCUCUAUUUUCCGGCGGUUCGUGGAGACGGGCAAAGGUGAACCGGAAACAGCGGCUGUCCACCCGGCAGCAGCAAAACCAAAACCGUAUUAUCAAAUUGGACAGCAGAUAGGUAAAGGGUCAUUCGCAGAAGUUCGCAUGAUUAAACCGAAAACUCCACAGGAAGACGAUCAGAAAUUAGCCGUCAAGAUCAUCCAGAAAGCCGAAAGUGUCUCUACGAACAAAGUCAUCAUUCGAGAAGUGAAAGCCUUGAGGAAGCUGGUACACCCAAAUAUCAUUAGCUUCCAUGAAGUGUUGCGCAAAGGUGAUAAGUUUUAUAUCAUCAUGGAGUUCGCAGAAGGAGGCGACUUGUUCCAGAAAUUGGACAAACAUGGCGCUAUCUCCGACCAGGAAGGUAAAGCGAUAUUCAGUGGUAUCAUCAAUGGUUUGCAUUAUUGCCAUCAACUGAGUAUCGCUCACAGGGAUUUGAAACUGGAAAAUAUUUUACUGGAUAAAAACAGUCGUCCCAAAAUCUCCGAUUUCGGCUUUAGUCGCAGUUGUCUGGACAACGAAGGGAAACGGAUCUUAAGCAAAACUUUCUGCGGAAGCCUGUAUUAUGCUGGACCAGAGAUCUUGAUGGGUAGUCCAUAUAACCCUACCCUGGCGGACAUUUGGAGCUGUGGAGUAAUCUUAUACGCUAUGAUGUUCAACGCAAUGCCUUUCAUGGAAAAAGAUGUGAAAGUUUUGGUUCAAAAGGAAUUAAACCGCGACAUCACAUUUCCGGACACCAAAGGUGUGAGCGAAUCAUGUGUCGAGCUCAUUAAGUGGAUGUUGGAGCCUGACGUCAUAAGACGAGCUACAACCAGUCGCAUUAUCGUCACUUCUGAUUGGUUGAAGACAGUAGCCUAGAAAGCAAAAACGGGGCUGGGCCAAAAUGAAUGAAGACAAAAAACAAGAAAGAUUAGCGUGUGGUCGCACUCAAUUGACAUUUUCUUUGCAUCUCAGUUUGUUUAAUUGUACGUAUGCAUGCAUCUUAAACAGCAGCACCCAGAUGUGGCAAAAUUUAUACUGUAUGGGAGAAAAUUGUUAAAUUAUUCGAAUUAUGCGUUAUUUUACACUGAGGCUGGCGGUUGUCCGUACACGUAUAUGAUUGGUUAUUGAUAAAGAAGGGACAAUAGUGACACUGUUCUUAUUUAUUCUAAUCAUAAACAGAACCAGUAUGAGACAGUAAGAAUGAACUCUGGAUAGCUUCGUAUGUGUGCUAUACAUGGACACGUUGUUCAAGUUGUCUGGCAAGGAAAU